AUGAAUAUGUCGUUUCUCAAAAAGAAGCCAACUGUCAUGGUCAAAAUCAUCGAUAUUAACAGAGAGUUGACCAAUUACAAGAUCAAAGUGCAAGUGAUGAAAAAGUGGAACAUGCAAAGUGGCAACAAGAUAUCUGCCAUUGAGAUGGUUUUGGUCGACGAAGACGGUACUAGAAUCCAUGCUUCCAUAGACGAGGCGUAUGUGAAAAUAUUUGAAGGAAAAAUAGUGGAGAGUAGUUCGUUGACAUGCACUUUGUGGAACGACUUCGGAAAAGAAGUCAUUGAUUAUGCCGGGGCUAAUAAAGAAAGAAAGAUAAUCUGUGUAGUUAGGUUUGCAUGUGUCAAUGAAUGGAGAGACGUUUUUAGCAUAUCCAACUCUUACAACGCAACACAACUGCUUUUUGAUCCACCAACUCCUCAGGUUGAAGACUUCAUAUCAAGGUUGCCGAAUGAUAAUACAACCAUUACAAGUAACGAUUCGUCAUCAUCCAGCGCUAAUAAAGUGGAUUGGGAUGAUGAAUUUUUGAAGAAGAAUAAGAAGAAAACCAUUCAAGAAAUUACACAGAAUUUCGAGGUGGAAAAGUUUGUUACUUCUGCAAUAGUUACUUCCAUUCAAACAACUCCUAAAUGGUAUUAUUUGGGUUGCACAACAUGCCGUAAAGGUGUCCAUCCCUGUGAGAAUCUAGAUGACGAGAAUGAACAGAUGAUGUUUUACUGUUUGAGUUGCGACAAGAAGAACUCGGAAGUUGAUGUCAAGUACAAAAUAGUGAUGUUCGUGACUGAUGAUAACAAAACCUGCGAAGCAAAACUUAUUGUUUUUGAUACGAUUGCAGCCCCUUUUCUGAGAAUUCCAGCUGUUGAUUUGGCAAACGAAGUAGCGGAGGAGGCUCCAUCUGUUCUCCUCGAGGCAUUGCGGAAUCUGAUUGGUAAAGAGCUCCUUCUCAAAAUUUCUUUCGCAUAA